AUGAUCAGACAUACGCUAAGGCUAAUUCGUUACCCUUCUUUUUCAAUAUGUUUUAGGGUAGCCAGGGCUUACCGAUCGUAUGCCAGCUCUCAUAUACCACAACUGAAGUCAGAUCAAUUAAAAUCGUCAGCUCGUGAACACCAUAGACAAGAUCUGGGUUUGAAGUUCAACGAUCCCUUGAAGAAAAGCGGCUUUCAAGAGGUAAAUACCAUUAAACACCUUGAAGAAACGCUGAUACAGUACUUUGAUUUUAUUAGUAAUGGCUUUAAAAAGUCAAAGAAAAAUUUAGUGAAGUUGAAGAAAGACUUACAUCUACUACAUACCGAUGUUAGCGCGAAAGAGAGGUUCUCAUACGUCUUCCAGUUUCUAUUAGCUGAGACACAGAUGGAAAUAGCAAGAUACAAUUCAUUAGGCCCACAAGCUAUAAAAAACCUCGCUGAUACAGCUAGCAGUUACAAAAAUUUGAAAGAAGAGGCUAUAGAAAAUGAUGAUCAAUUGGAGUCCGCAAUUAUGAACGUUAUAUUUGAUGAUAAUUUAAAGGAUACUACAAAAACUGUUUUGCCUUAUACAGAGUUGCUAUUGAAUCUGUUGGGUAAUAUGUCUAAGAGCUCCUGGGAGAAAAACUCAGAACUUCUUGAACUUGAUAAUGUAGCAGAGGCGUAUGAAAUAGCUAAAUUGAUACCAUUGGAAGACAUGAAAAAGAGAGGUAUAUUUUGGGGAGGAAAGAUACUUUACGAUAGUAGAAAAGUGCGACUUGAUCCUGUAAAUGAAUCAUUUUAUAUCGAUGCACUGGUGUAUUUUGGAAAAUAUAAGGAGGCUUUCAAAUUAUUUAAUACAUACAGGGACAAAGUAAACCAGCGUUGGUGGCUGGAACUGGGAAUGAUGAUCGCUCUUAGAUCUAAUCAUAUUAAAGCUUUUCAAACACUACUUAUAGAGCAUGAUAGCAAUUAUGGGCUUAACGGAUAUAUUAGCUCCAAGGUUGCUCGGUUAGCUGUCAAAAGAUAUCUAGCGAUCCGUGAUAUAGCAAAAGCCAACACUAUGACUGAUCGGGUACUCAACUCUGCAAAACAGCUGGGAAUAAAAACCGAAACAGCUAAUAAUGAAUACAACAAUUUCAAUUCUGAAGCAGAUGCUUAUAAAUACCUGAAUACGGUCGAGCCACCUACAGUUCAUGAUUUGGUUUCAAUAGCGAAUUAUCAUAUAUUCGCUAGGAACACUGAAAAAGUUUACGAUAUCUUUGCUGUUUACUUCUCUUCUGUUGGAAAUUCUGAUCCUGGAUUUGAAUUUUGUAUUACUAAGACAAGAUUGACUAUGCUCAAAAAUCUAAAUGAAUUAGAAACAGCUUUAAAAGAUCGGAUAGAACAAAAUGUAGUUCCUUCAAUUUUGGAAGUUCUAUAUCAGUCUUACGAAGAUUUACGUAAAGAGACCAACAUGAGCGAAAUUAUUGCGAAGGAAAUUUAUUUUGACAGCUUACGAAAACUUGGAGACAAAAAAAGCUAUACACUGGCUUUGGAAAAGCUUGUUGACGGUGCUGAUAACUAUCCAAUAAAGUCGGAGGUUGGCGAUUCAGAUCAUCUGAGAAAUCAAAAAAUUAUUGCUGGUGUUAUUAAAUUAAUGCUAUGGAAUGGACAGGAAGAAAAGGCUUCCCGAUUUUUAACAGAAUUAGAGAGUUCUUCACAAAAUUCAAAAUCAAAUCAUAAGGAGUCGCUUUUGAAUUCUCAUCAUUAUGCGUUAUUUAUUUCUCAUUAUUCGAAUAAGUCAAAAAAGCAUAGAAAAUCAUUGAGAACUAAAGUUAAUGAUAUUAUAGACACUAUGCAUGUUGAGAAUAUUCAACCAACUGCAACGUUCUGGUCGAGCUUAAUAGCUUUCUAUAGAAGAGAUUUCGAUCUCGAUGCAGCUUUCAGUAUCAUCAAUGGCAUUCUUCAGGAUAAUCAAGUUUCAAUUGAUGAUAAAGAAAUACCAAUCGAAAGAAAUUUUUACGAAAGGAGAGUUAUUAGUAAAAAAUUGUACAAUGAGAUAUGGAUGACUUACGCCUUUUAUUACAAUUUGAGAAAAGUCUCUAGUGUACAUGAAACGUUUGACAGGUGUCAUAAAGCAUUUUUUCAUGCCUCGAAAGAUAUUUGUAGUAAAAUGCAGCAUUUUCCGGAAAUAUCAUCUAGAUGCUUGUUUAGAAGAAUGAUCACUCAAGAUAAUAUUUUGCCUGAGCCUCAUUUAUAUAUCAGGGUGAUAAAGACAUUUUUGAAGCAAGGUGAUCUCGAAGGAUUAUACGCUGUUCUAUUAAUGAUGACAAAAGUACACGGACUAUCUAUCUCAGAAAGUGUUCAAAAGUAUAUUCUAAAGGGUCUACAGAAUUUGAAAAAGGAAUACAUAUCACAAGGAGAACAACAAACCUCAGACAAGUAUUUUGAUAACCGCUCACUGAAAAAGAUAGGACUGAAUGAAGAAGAACAAUCAGAUGCACUAAAUGAAAACAAUAAUGUGAAGGAGCACAAAGUAUUCAAUGAGUUACUCGAACUCAUGCAGUCUAGGAAUAUAUCGUAUAAAGAAUCUUUGUCAGAGACUUGUCAGGAGAUGGGAGUUCCUUAUGAAUAA